GAGUGGCUGGCGGGCAGCCUCAUCAACAUCAAUGAUCGCAACGCAACAUCGUUGAUCUGUCAAUGCAGCCUGGCGCCAUGAGAGGACUCAAUAUACGUCCUCACAGAGCCCUUCGAGCAAAAAGCUCCAUCUGCCAAUUCUGCCAAUUCUCAUCCAGACCUGCCGUUUCCGCCUCCAAGUUCCGGAGCGAGCCAUCUCGAAAAAUUGGCAACAACCUCAUUAGACGGAGCUACGCCAAAAGAACAGUACCAAGCGCGCACAAUGCAAACCAGUCUACGGCUUCAGAGCUACCAGUCCACGCCCAUCCUGUUCUGUGGGACCUGCAGGAGAGUUUUCGUGCGAUAGAAGAGUCCGACAAAGCGGUCCCCGAAGAGACCGUGGUCAAAUUGCUGCAAACAUGUCUGCACACUGUCGAAUCGCUCGCCAAUCCCAAGGAGCAGCAUGACAAGGAGUCAUCCAAUGCAACGUCGUCUUUGCUUGACCUUGCCGAACAGGCUGAGUCAUACACUUCGACAGUGGACAAAAGCAAACAGCUCAAGUUUACAGACACCAUAUCCAGUAUCGUCGACAAGGUGCUCUUAGACGAAAAAGUCUUCAUUACAACAGAUAUCCUCAAGCUCUAUACUAAGAUCCAGACCAUUUCGAACCGCCCAGACCGAUUCCCGCAAAUAUUCACGCUCUUCGCCAACAAGCCUAUCCCACUGGCCGACACAUUGCCGGUUCAGUUCAGCAAACAGAACCCGAAAGAUGUAAAAAACGCGGUUCCAUCAGAACUUGCGAACAUGGCACUGGACGUUGCUGUGGCGCAAAGAAAUUUACCGCUGGCUCUCGCCAUUAUCGACACCACCUUCUGCGCACCUGCCUUCUACCGCGCCAAGGUCUUCAAAAAGGCCGCUGCCCCCCUGACAGGAUUAGUCACAGCGCCAGUGGCUUCGUAUGCGGUUGCAACAUGGGCGGCAGGGAUACAGAAUACUAUGGAUCCGGGGACGGCUACUGGCAUAGCGUUUGCCGCGACAUUGGCGUAUGUUGGCUUCACAUCUGCAGUUGGAGUAAUCGCAAUUGCGACUUCGAACGACCAGAUGGAGCGUGUCGUUUGGGCAUCGGGGAUUCCGUUGCGGUACCGUUGGCUGAGGGAGGAGGAGAGGGCGGCGCUGGAUAAGGUCGCUAUUGCGUGGGGUUUCAAGGAUGUGUGGAGGAGAGGAGAGGAGGAGGGCGAGGAAUGGGAUAAUCUUCGCGAGUUUAUUGGAAUGAGAGGCAUGAUAUUGGAUAAGACGGAAUUGAUGGAGGGCAUGCAAUGAGGCAUAUACCUAUUGCUAUUACAUAGUGUACUUUUAUUUACCAAAUCAGAUCUUUUCAAUUUUACAACGAAUAGGAGGAAAUUGCGACGAAA